AUGACGGCUGCAACCAAAAAAUAGCCGGGUGUUGUGGUGGGCACCUCGUACUCGUGCUUGGGCGUAUUCCAGAGGGGCGGUCGGGGGGAGAUCCCGGCCAAUGACCAGGGCCGCCGCACCACGCCCAGGUGUGUGGCUUUCACUGACACUUAGCUGUAGGUCGGCGAUGCAGCCAAGAGCCAGGCGGCCCUGAGCCCCCAAAACACGGUUUUCGACGCCAAGCGCAGGAUUGAGCGCAAGUUCACAGAUGCGACUGUUCAAUCGGACUUGAAGCACUGGACCUUCCAUGUGGUGAGCAAGGGCGACAAGCCCAAGGUCCGUGUGUCCUUCCGCAGGGAGGACAAGACGGUCCACCCCGAUGAGAUUUCGUCCAUGGUGCUGAGCAAGAUGAAGGAGAUAGCUGAGGCGUACCUGGGCCAGCCUGUGAGGCAUGCGGUGAUCACGGUGCCUGCCUACUUCAGUGAGUUGCAGCGCCAGGCUAUGAAGGACACAGGUGCCAUCACAGGGUUCAAUGUAUUAAGGUUCAUCAACUAGCCCACAGUGGUCGCCAUUGCCUAUGGGCUAGACUGGAGCGGCCGCAAUGUGCUCAUUUUUGACCUGGGUGGGGGCAGUUUUGAUGUUCGGUACUCUCUAUUGACGCAGAUGUCUUUAAGGUGAAUGCCAAGAGACACCGACAUAAGCGGAGAGGUCUUUGACAACCAGAUGGUGAGCCACUUCAUGGAGGAGUUUUGGAGGAAGCGCAGGAAAGACAUGAGCGGGAACAAGCAGGCCCUCUGUGAGCGUGCCAAGCGCAGCUUGUCCUCCAGCACUCAAGCCACCCUGAAAAUCGACUCCUUGUUCAAGGGUAUGGACUUCUAGGCUACCAUCACUUGUGCCCGCUUUGAGAACUGUUCAGACCUCUUCUGCAGCACCCUGGAGCUUGUGGAGAAGGCCCUGAGGGAUGCCACGCUGGACAAGGCCCAGAUCCAUGAUGUCUUCCGUGGGGGCUCCACCCACAUCCCUAAGGUACAGAAGCUGCUGCAGGACUUCUUCAACGGCAGGGAGCUGAACAAGAGCAUCAACCCUGAUAAGGCUGUGGUCUAUGGGGCUACUGUACAGGGGGGAGUGGGGGAUGAGUGUGAGAAGGUGCCAGAUCUCCUGCCCCUAGGACUGGAGACGGCAGGUGAGAUGAUGACUAUGCUGAUCCAGAGGAAUGCCACUAUACCCACCAAGCAGACCCAGACCUUCAGCACUUACUGUGACAACUAACCUGGGAUCUUGAUCCAGGUGUAUGAAGAGGGCGAGAGGGCCAUGACCAGGGACAACAACAUGCUGGGGCACUUUGAACUCUGUAGCAUCCCUCCUGCCCCACGUGGAGUCCCUCAGAUUGAAGUGACCUUUGAUAUUGAUGUUAAUGGCAUCUUGAGUGUGAUGGCCAUUGACAGGAGCACUGGUAAGGCCAACAAGAUGACUGUCACCAAUGACAAGGGCUAACUAAGCAAGGAGGAGGUGGGAAGGAUCUUUGGUGAGCCUGAAUGGCACAAGGCUGAGAAUGAGGCCCAGAGGGACAGGGUGGCUGCCCCAAACUCACUGGAUGCCUGUGUCUUCCAUGUGAAGGAAGAGGAAAGUGUUAAGGACAAGAUUCCUGAAGAGGACAGGCACAAAGUGCGAAAGUGUUGGGAAGUCCUUGCCUGGCUUAAGCACAACCAGUUGGCAGAGAAGGAGGAGUAUGAACAUCAGAAGAGGGAGCUGGAGAAAAUUUGUUGCCCCAUCUUCUCCAGGUUUUAUGGGGGCGGUUCUGGAAUCCCUAGGGGCAGCAGUUGUGCGACUCAAGUCUGCGAAGGAAACCCCAGUACUGGUCCCAUCAUUGAUUUGCCCCUCAUGAUAAGACACAUGUGA